AUGAUUGUGAAAGUCGAAAAGGUAGACGACGAGACUGAAGCGGAAGUGAUUGCACAGUCUGCGAAUUCAGAAGAGACCGUAAUCAGGCUGCCGGGCGUUGAUCUCGCUAUCUUCGGCCUUUUCCUCAAGUACGUGUACAUGGGCUUCUACCCUGCAACUGUUGAUGCACGGCCUGGAUAUCCGCUCUCGAUCCCAUAUGCACCUAAGUCAACACAACAUAACCCAUCUUACACGCCAGCCAAAGCUUCAAUGCCACCCCCAGCAACAAUCAAUUCUCAAAAAGCCGUCCAAGGCAGCCAUCCGUAUCCACUGCCGACUCCAAGCCUCAACAACCCUCGAGUGUCCACCGUAACGGACGGGAACAACCAUACCUUGGUCCCACCCUCGGUCCACGCCUACCUGCUGUCCAUCCGUCUCAACGCACCGGGCUUCCUGAACCACGCGCUCAAUCACAUCUACUACGGCCUCGGUAAAUAUUUCGCCCUGACCCCAAGUCUAGUAGACUACAUCUGCAGCCACACGACUCCAGGAUCCACACUGCGCAAACUCAUCCUCGACGUGCUAGUUGUUCACUGGCCGUCACCGUCGACACACAUCGUUGUCAAGCACGCUGCACUGAGCAAGCACUGGAAUGAGGUAUUCGACAUGCACAAGGACCUCAGGCAUGAGUUUACUAUGGGCUUGCAAGGCAGUAUGAAGGUAUUACCGGUGCAGGCGUACUUUGUCAGUACGGCUAUGUCCGCUGUGGCUACGAAGGAGGAGGCAGGAGAGCGGGAAUUGGAAGUCGUGGAAGUCAGGUCUGCCCAGGCCGAUACGUCUGUUGCCGAGGCUGCCGUGAAGAAGUGA